GUACUCAUACUUGAACUGAAUUUCGUGUAAUCGAACUCGGAAAAGUGUAAUGCCGAUUCUCCGUGUUGUUUGUGAGUCACAUUAAAAUUAUUUAGUCAUCAUCUUUUCCAACUAGCAGUCAAGCACAGGAAUAUUGCCAUCGACGACCAUCAUACAAAAAAUAAAUAAAUAAAUCGAGUAUGUCUGAAUUGCUUAGUGUCCCUUUGAAAAAGCCCACAGAUGUCGAUUUAGUUCGCCCGUUGAAUAAUUUAAUCAAAAGUUCCUAUACUAAUUUGGGACCAUCCAAGUUGUCGGGCAUUGAACAGGCCGUCAGCAAGUUCAAUUAUCAACGAAAUGCCGCUGUUUGGAAAGGCUUUGAGAAAUCUGAAAACGCGUUGGAGAUAAUUUACGCGUAUUAUGAUCAGCUGUGUGCAUUAGAAACAAAAAUUAUGGUUCAAGACUUUCAAGUUCCAUUCAAAUGGAAAGAUGCGUUUGACAAAGGAUCGAUAUUCGGUGGUCGUAUGAGUUUGACUCUGUCAUCUAUGGUUUUUGAGAAAAUUUGUGUAUUGUUUAACAUCGCAGCUUUGCAGAGUUCUUUGGCGGUCACACAGAAUCUUAACGAUGAUGCCGGACUGAAAAUGGCUGCCAAAUUGUUUCAGCAAAGUGCCGGAAUUUUCUUCCAUCUGAAGAGUGCUGCGCCAGCCGCCAUUGCUCAGGAACCGACCGUUGAUCUUUCAUCAGACGUUCUAUGUGCAUUGAAUAGUUUAAUGUUGGCUCAGGCACAAGAGAUUUUUGUAUUCAAAGCAAUUAAAGAUAACAUGAAGGAUUUAAUUAUUGCUAAGUUAUGUUGCCAAUGCGAAGAAAUGUAUUCUGAGGCCUUGAAGAUGCUACAGAAAGAUUCUAUCCGAUCUCUGUGGGAGAAAGAAUGGAUAACGAUAGUUGCAGGAAAACAGGCGGGUCUCCAUGCACUCACCAUGUUUUUUAGCAGUAUGGUGGCGAAGGCAAACAAAAAAGUGGGUGAAGAAAUCUCGCAACUACAGAAAUCUGUUGAACUGUUUAAAAUAGCUCAAUCUCGAAUGGGAAAGUCCAACUUCCUUGAUGAAUAUUUGUCAAAGGCGAACAAGAAUCUAGCAGAGGCAAAAAAGGACAAUGAUUUCAUUUAUAAUGAAAUGAUUCCGGACAUUAAUUCUCUUCCCGGUCCUGGAAAGGCACAGCUGGCGAAAAACUUGCCACUUUCUUCUGUAAUGAGCGCAAACUUUAAGGAUGUUUUUGCUGACCUUACACCCGUUGUGAUGUACCAAGCGAUGACUGCAAGCGAAACACGAAAAACUGAAAUUGUUAACGGAGAAGUAAUGAAACUGCGCGAAGGAACACAAUCCUUAAAUACACUGCUUUCAAGCUACAAUUUGCCUGCUGCGGUUGAAACAACUGCCAGCGGAUCCGCCUUGCCACCAUCUCUUUUGGAGAAAGCCAACGAUGUUCGUGAAAAGGGCGGCAUUGAUGGUUUGCAAAAGAUGGUCAAUGAACUGCCGGAGCUGUUAAACCGCAAUCGGGAGAUUUUGGAUGAGGCGGAACGGAUGCUUAAUGAGGAAAGCUCGGCUGACGAGCAGCUACGGGCGAAAUUUGCAGAACAAUGGACUCGAACGCCGUCGAGUAAGCUCACCCAAACAUUCCGUGAAAAUUGUGCUACAUACAGAAAAAUAAUAGAUAACGCCAUUAAUGCUGACAAAACUGUGCGGGAAAAGUUUGAACAAAACCGCAGAGGUAUUGAGAUUCUGUCCAUGACGGAGAAUGAAAUGGCACUCGAAAUUCCUUCAAGCGCUACAAAAAGUGACAUGCGCAAUUCUUCUGCUGCACAACAUUUGAAAGCAUUGAUGGAAUCGGUGAAUACAAUUAAGGCCGAAAGAGAUGUCGUUGAAUCUGAGCUGCGCUCGGCGACGAUCAACCUGAAGGACCAGUUCUUAGCAGCAUUGGCUGCAGACGGCGCUAUCAAUGAACCAGCUAUUUCUUUGUCGGAAAUCCGUAGAGUUUUGACUCCCCUUCAGAAUCAAGUGCAAGAUAGUCUGUCGCGCCAAGAGGCUCUCAUUCAGGAUAUCAAGGACACCCAUCAAAAAUUUGUGUCGGAGACAGGAGCAUCGGGCGAAUCCAAUGAGCAACUUUUCUCACAACUUGCUUCAGCAUAUGAUGUUUUCUCGGAACUGCAAAAAAAUCUACAGGAUGGUGUUAAGUUUUACAACGAUUUGACCCAAUUGUUGAUUAUAUUCCAAAACAAAAUCUCCGACUACUGUUUUGCACGAAAGACGGAAAAAGAAGAGUUGAUGAAAGAUCUAACGCAGCAAGCCAGCCGACAGGCUCAGUCUACUAUCCCAACAGUCCCUGUACACAUGGCAUCUACUUCAUUAAUAUCCGAACAAGCAACUGCUCCUACACCACCUGCACACUCAACACCUUACCCUCUUCAGUCCCAAAUAAUGCCGAUGCCGGGAUAUGGAGCAAAUAUGCCUUAUGCAACUUAUGCACCGCUUCCGAUGCCGCAAGGAUUUAAUCCGUAUGCUACACUUCCAUAUCCAAACACAUACCAAAGCUUUCCUCAAGUCCCGAAUGCUGCCUAUUACACGUAUCCAGGCCCGGCUUCAAGUCAGCACCACCACGCACAACAUCCACCACAAUAAUUCAUAAACGAAAGUUCAAAUUCUACUGUUUAUGUUUACUUUUAAAUUUAAAUACACUGCACAUUUAUAUUUACGGUAAA